AUGAGUGCAAGUGAUGUUGUGAUCGUAUCAGCGGUUCGGACACCCAUAGGAUCAUUCUGUGGAUCCUUAUCAUCUAUAAAAACAUCAGAUUUAGGAACCAUUGUUAUUAAAGAAAGUCUAAAAAGAGCUAAUAUUGAACCGAGUGAUGUUACUGAAGUCAUUUUAGGACAGGUAUUAACAGCAGGACAAGGUCAAAAUCCAGCAAGGCAAGCAGCUAUAAAAGCCGGUAUUCCUAUAACUGUACCUGCAUAUUUAGUUAAUAUGCUAUGUGGUUCUGGUUUAAAAGCAGUUAUGUCUGGUUAUACAUCCAUAAAAGUUGGGGAAAGCGAAAUAGUUGUAACUGGUGGCCAGGAAUGCAUGAGUCAGGCACCACAUGUAUCAGACCUUAGAAAUGGUGUGAAAUUAGGGGAUUGUAAUUUUCUAGAUUCUUUAUUGUCUGAUGGAUUAACAGAUGCAUUUCAUGGAAUUCAAAUGGGAGUAACAGCUGAAAAUAUUGUUGCGGGAUUUAAUAUAAGCAGAGAGGAACAAGACGAAUAUGCAGCUAAGUCUCAGCAAAAAGUAGAAGCUGCAAUGAAUGCAGCCUACUUCAAUAAAGAAAUUGUCUCUGUAACUGUGCCUACGAAGAAAGGGCCUGUUAUUGUAGACAAAGAUGAGUUCCCUAAGUUUGGAACAACUGUUGAAGCCCUUAAGAAACUAAGACCUGCUUUUAUAAAGACUAAUGGUACUGUCACUGCUGGUAAUUCUUCUGGUAUAAAUGAUGGAGCAGCAGCGUUGGUACUCAUGUCAGCAGAAACUGCAGCAAAAAGGGGGCUCCUUCCACUAGGUACAAUUGUUGCAGUGGCUCAGACUGGAGUAGACCCCAGGAUUAUGGGUACAGGUCCUAUUCCAGCAGUCGAGUUGGUGCUGAAAAAAGCAAAAUGGACAAAGGAAGAAGUGGAUUUAUAUGAACUGAAUGAGGCUUUUGCAGCACAGUCAAUAGCAUGUAUCAAGAAUCUUGGUUUAGACCCAUCCAAAGUGAAUAUAAAUGGAGGAGCUAUUGCUUUAGGUCAUCCGAUUGGUGCAUCUGGCGCUAGAGUUUUAGUAACUUUACUACAUUCCUUAGAAAGGACUGGUGGAAUUAAAGGUGUUGCAGCUUUAUGUAUUGGUGGUGGAAUGGGAAUUGCUAUUGCUGUUCAAAGAAAAUAACAAACACAUAAUUAGGUUUACUUGUACUGCAAAGGUUGAAGUUUGUUGGUACUUAGAUC